CCGUUAUUUCCAACUUCAUGGCUUGUAAGUGUAGAGGGCUGUGGGUGGGCCAACCUGCGAUUUUAAUGGAGCAGUGACAAGACGUGACUGCUCCAGUCGUGUCACUGUGACAAAUAGCAGUGAUUUUUUGGAGCAGUUUUACCUUAGUUGGCGGCCGUACUGCUCAUAUUAUGUUAAUGCUACAUCGCAAUAUGGCAUAAUCGCAGUCCGCAGUCACGGCCGGGAGAGAUGUUCCAGUUUCUAGCCUGCCCUUUGCAGUAACAGUUUCUAUUUAGCGUGACCGCGAUGCGAUUUAUAACAUUAUAUUAUUAAAUUUGCAUCACAGCUCCAGUUUUGUCCGCGCUGCAUCGGUCGGAGCUUUAAGCGGGCAGUGACAAAAUGUCACUGCUACUUGACUGGGACUGGAGCAGGCUGUGACUGGGACUGGAGCAGGCUGUGACUGUGACAGACAAGUAGCAGUGACAAAGUCACAGUUCGUGAAAUCGCAACCCACCUCUAGUAUUGUCAUUAUCCGUCAUUUUCAAACCUCCAUCCGUUUCAACACUUUCAACGUCUUUUCAACCCUAAAUCCACUCCCUCCAAACACAAAGGUCUUCCCCGAAAAGUUCAAGUUCCAACUUCCAACCACCCAACUCCAAGGAGGGAAAAAGAGAAGCAAGAUUCCCAGAUUUAUAAACAACAAUAAAGUCAACUAGUCAACCAAUGUGUGUAUAACAUUGUUAUGUGUAUGGUGUAGGCCCUUGUUCAUGUAUUUAUGAUUUCAAACUCAAUUUUUACUAGUUUUUAAAAAUAUCAGGAAACUAAUGGAAGAGACCAACUCUAGAAUGUUUCCCAAACCGUCGGUGAGCAAAACGGCCUCAAAUGUGGCUGCAGAGAACAACAAGGAAAAUCAAAAUCAAGAUCAAACUGUAACGUCUACAUGUGCAAAAGCACAACAAGUUGCGUCAGGUGCCCAGAAAACACGUCCAGCAGCAACGGAAGAAAAAAAGAAAUGGACUCUGGAUGACUUUGAUAUUGGUAAAGCAUUGGGUAAAGGGAAAUUCGGCAAUGUCUAUUUAGCUCGUGAAAAAUCCUCCAAGUUCAUUAUAGCUUUGAAAGUUUUAUACAAAUCUGCCAUCAAAGAGUUUGAAAACCAGCUCCAAGUCCAACGUGAAGUAGAAAUUCAAAGUCAUUUAAGACACCCAAAUAUUUUACGUUUAUAUGGCUAUUUUCAUGAUGACACAAGAGUUUAUAUUAUUUUGGAAUACGCACCUAAAGGAUCUGUUUAUAAUUUUCUAAUGUCACAACCACAAAAGAGAUUCACUGAAGAUGUAUGUGCUCGUUACAUAAGGCAAAUAGCUGAUGCCCUUAAAUAUUGCCAUGUGAGAAAUAUAAUUCAUAGAGACUUGAAGCCUGAAAAUCUCCUGCUAGGGAGCAAUGGAGAGAUAAAAAUAGCAGACUUUGGUUGGUCAGUCCACACUCCCAGCUCUAGACGUACCACUAUUUGUGGCACCUUAGACUAUUUGCCACCAGAAAUGGUAAAUGGAAAUUCUCAUGACGAAAAAGUCGAUUUGUGGUCUCUGGGCGUUCUAUGUUUUGAAUUUCUAUGUGGAAAGCCACCUUUUGAGGCUACAAGCUACACUGAUACCUAUAGGAGAAUCAGCAAGGGUUAUUUUAAUUUUCCUAGCCACAUACCUAAGGGGGCUCAAGAUCUCAUUAGGGCUCUUAUGAAGGUGAAUCCUGACGAACGUUUGAGAUUGGAAUCUGUCUUGAAGCAUCCAUGGAUUUUAAGUUUUCGCUAAUAAGUUAUAGUUUAUUCUAAUUUAUUGUUUAUACUUAAUUAUUAUUAUUAUUUUUUUGGAAUAAAGAAUUUAGUUCGCAAUUUGUAA